UUGUCUCUCUGUUCGUUCCGUACAUCGUAUCCAAACAAGCAUGGCGGCAUGAGACUCCUGUCAUCUCUGUUUUGAUUGUUAAAAUACAUAUUAAUUAGUAUUUCUGAAGAAAAUAGCAUCGAAAGUUUUCCUCGACGUAAUUAACAUCAACAUUACGAAACAGACCACAAUGCCGUCCGCCUGUGAUUCAAUGAUUGACGACAUUGAGGACAUGGUGUCUGCGGACGACCCCACGCCUCAGGAUAGACAGAACGCUCGGAAGAGUAUAAUCCCAAGAGCCAGGAAAAGGAAGGACCAGCUCGUCCCCGAGGAACUCCAGGCAGACAGCCUCAUCCCCGGGACCCAGAAGAUCUGGAUGCGGACAUGGGGCUGCAGCCACAACAACUCAGACGGGGAGUACAUGGCGGGGCAGUUGGCUGCCAGCGGCUACAAGAUGACCGACGACCCUUCAGAAGCUGACCUGUGGCUCCUGAACAGCUGCACUGUAAAGAACCCUGCGGAGGACCACUUCAGGAAUUCUAUCAAGAAAGCCCAGGAUCAGCAGAAGAAGGUGGUGCUGGCAGGCUGCGUUCCUCAGGCCCAGCCUCGCAUGGACUACCUCAAAGGACUCAGCAUCAUCGGGGUUCAACAAAUUGAUCGCGUGGUGGAAGUGGUAGACGAGGCCGUUAAAGGUCACUCAGUGCGUCUGUUAGGCCAGAAGAAGGAUGGGGGGAAGAGGCUGGGGGGAGCCAGACUGGACCUGCCCAAGAUCCGAAAGAACCCGCUCAUAGAAAUCAUCUCCAUCAACACAGGGUGUCUGAACGCGUGCACCUACUGCAAGACCAAGCACGCCCGAGGGGAUCUGGCCAGCUACCCCGUGGAGGAGCUGGUGGAGAGGGCCCGGCAGUCCUUCCAGGAGGGGGUGUGUGAGAUCUGGCUGACCAGCGAGGACACCGGGGCGUACGGGCGGGACAUCGGCACCGACCUGCCCUCCCUGCUCUGGAGGCUGGUGGAGGAGAUCCCUGAAGGAGCCAUGCUGAGGCUGGGCAUGACCAACCCCCCCUACAUCCUGGAGCACCUGGAGGAGAUGGCGAAGGUGCUGAACCACCCACGGGUCUACGCCUUCCUGCACGUGCCCGUCCAGUCGGCGUCGGACAGCGUGCUGAUGGACAUGAAGCGGGAGUACUGUGCCGCCGACUUCAGGACCGUGGUGGACUUCCUGAAGGACAGGGUUCCCGGGAUAACCAUCGCCACGGACAUCAUCUGCGGCUUCCCGGGCGAGACGGAGGCGGACUUCCAGGAGACGGUGGAGCUGGUCCGGCAGUACCGCUUCCCCAGCCUCUUCAUCAACCAGUUCUACCCCCGGCCCGGUACCCCCGCCGCCAAGAUGGAGCAGGUCCCUGCCCACGUGAAAAAGCAAAGGACUAAGGAGCUGUCUCAACUCUUCCACUCCUACAACCCGUACGACCAUAAGAUUGGGGAGAGGCAGAAGGUGCUGGUGACGGAGGAAUCGUUCGAUGCCCAGUACUUCGUGGCUCACAACAAGUUCUACGAACAGGUACUGGUGCCCAAGCAGCCGGAGUUCACGGGCAAGAUGAUCGAGGUGGACGUUUACGAGUCGGGGAAGCACUUCCUGAAGGGGCGUCCCGUGGACCACAGCAAACCCCUCACGGCCUCCAUCGCAGCCCCGCUGCUGAAGGGACAGGUGUCGGGCCUGACGCAGGAGACCCCCAACGGCCAGUGCCACGGGGCCACCCCCACCGGCUGCUUCAGCGUGGACCGGGAGAGGCUCAAGACGAUCGGUCUGGGGCUGGCCGUAGCCGCCGCCAUGCUGGCCCUCCUUCUGGAGAAGCUCUACUACUGAGGCGGGAGAAAACACGAGCGUAACCACGACGACGACGACAAAAGGCAUCCUAAGACGGCAGGGGGAAACAUCACAGGAUUCAGGGGUGCAAAAAAAAGGACUUGUAUUGAAGGUCGCCCCCACCUUACCUGCGUGCAGGUGGGCUCUGAUUGUCGUCGGGGUUGUCAGGUGUAGAUAUGCGUAGUGUGUUUGUUUUUGUUCCUCUUUUACCCCGCCUUUGUCUCCUUUAAUGUCGGUGCGUCCUUCCAACGCAACGCCGUAUAUCUUUGUUGUUUGGUUUUCUUAAAGCCGGAGCCUAAAGCGACGGUGGAGACGCCUCAAAUGAAAUAUGAAACAGGCAUAGCAGGGGCCUACGAGUUGUUUUAAAGUUUUAUCGUUUUGUUUUGAGCUCUGCGGUGUAUUUGCUUUGACCUUCCACACUGUCUCUCUGUUACUACACUGAGCUGUUUAGGAGGAGCUAAGGGGUGUGAACCCAGGUGCUCUCCAUAGUGCUUUAGGCCCCGGCUGGACGUUGCCGCUGAAUAGAUCAAGCGCACCUCCUCCCCGGAUGUUCGGACUAUACAUCAGACAUCAUCCAGACAUAUUUCCACCUGUUUAUUUGUGACAGGCUGAAACAUGACUAGAUUAGGUUUUGCCAGGAGAGCUAGACUGUGUGCUUCCAUGUGUGUACCAUGGGAAGUGCUCUGGUAACAGUAGAAUGUUGUCGUUAAAGGUGGUUAAAAGAACAUAAAAGUAUUUAUUUUCACCACAGGGAUAAAACCAGUGCGAUCGCUACCCUUGAUAUUAUCUCACGUGACCUAUAUCUUCAUUUUACCGUGCUCUUGUUAGGAUAUUCAAGUCAAACGUUUUUUGCGCCUUCAUGUUGAUGCCGAGUCUGCACCGUCUCAGGCCAUCAUGAGCCUGCGUGGGCAUCUUGAGACUUGCAUCGUUCUGGCAGCUCUAACCAAGAGCAAAAGAGAGGUCUCCCUGCUGCCCUCGCCUUGUUGUCUGGGGUCAGGGGAACACCGGUCCCAGGUGCCCUGUCUGUGGCAGGUCAUGGUGGCACAUCAGUCGGUGACAGUUGUUCUGUUUGGGGGGUUGUUUUUAUUUUUGUCUUCAACGUCGAUGCUGAAGUAGCACAUGCAGGCUUUUUUUUGUCGGAUGUGCCUGUGAUUGAAUAAAUUGAUUAAAACA